GGGCGCUGGCGGCGCGGCGAUUGAAGGGCUGCUGUAUGCCGGUGACCGGGAGAACAGCCGCGGCAGCAGAAGGCCGGGCCGCUGCCUCCGUCAUGGAUCCGGUCCGGCUGUUCCGCGACGCGGUGUGAGGGUGUGCGUUUAAAAAUGGUGCAGAAGUACCAGUCCCCUGUUCGAGUCUACAAAUAUCCCUUUGAGCUCGUCAUGGCGGCUUAUGAGAAGCGCUUUCCCACGUGCCCAGAGAUCCCUGUCUUCCUGGGCAGUGAGAUCCUUCAGGAAUCCAAGAGUGAUGAUGGAGCUGUUCAUAUUGUCGAACGGAGUUGCAAGCUGAAUGUGGACGCUCCGCGGCUGCUGAAGAAGAUCGCUGGGGUAGAGUAUGUCUUUUUCAUACAGAAAAACACCGUAAACUGGAAGGAGCGAACACUCCUCAUUGAGGCUCACAACGAGACCUUUGCCAAUCGUGUUGUUGUCCUUGAGACGUGUAGCUACUCGGUUCACCCUGAGAAUGAAGAGUGGACAUGCUUUGAACAGUCUGCGUCUCUUGACAUCAAGUCGUUCUUUGGCUUUGAAAACACAGUGGAGAAAAUUGCCAUGAAGCAGUACACUGCCAACAUCAAGCGGGGCAAGGAGGUGAUUGAGCAUUACCUGAAGGAGCUGAUCUCCCAGGGCAUCACCUUCAUCCCCCGAUGGACACCUCCACCAGUGAGCAGACAAAAGGAAAAGAGGGCCCUGGCUGUGGGGGACAACCCUGGUAUUGUGCCAGCAGAGUCUUGCAUGCAUGGAACUACCAAAGAGCAGCCAGGCAGCUCGUGCCCCGCUGCAGAGACGGCUAGCCCUGAUGCUGACAAACUGGACGCUGAUUACAUUGAACGGUACCUGGGGCAGCUGACUCCAAUGCAGGAAAGCUGCCUGAUCCGACUCCGUCAGUGGCUGCAGGAAAUGCACAAAGGCAAGAUCCCCAAAGAUGAGCAUAUCCUUCGAUUCCUGAGGGCUCGCGAUUUCAACAUCGACAAGGCUCGCGAGAUGCUCUGCCAGUCGCUGACCUGGCGCAAGCAGUACCAGGUGGAUUACAUCCUGCAGACCUGGCGACCCCCGUCCCUGCUGGAGGAGUACUACACCGGGGGGUGGCAUUACCAGGACAAAGAUGGCCGCCCCCUCUACAUCCUCCGCCUCGGUCAGAUGGACACAAAAGGUUUGGUGAAGGCCCUGGGAGAAGAGUCGCUCCUGCGACACGUUUUGUCAAUUAACGAGGAGGGACAAAAGAGGUGUGAGGAAAACACCAACCUGUUUGGCCGUCCCAUCACAUCCUGGACGUGUCUGGUGGAUUUGGAAGGGCUAAACAUGCGCCACCUGUGGCGGCCUGGAGUUAAGGCUCUCCUUCGGAUAAUCGAGGUUGUAGAGGACAAUUACCCUGAGACACUGGGGAGGUUACUGAUCGUGCGAGCACCACGGGUUUUCCCUGUGCUGUGGACUCUGGUUAGUCCCUUCAUCAAUGAAAACACCAGGCAGAAGUUCCUCAUCUACAGCGGCAAUAACUACCAGGGUCCUGGAGGGCUUGUAGACUAUUUGGACAAAGACGUGAUUCCAGAUUUCCUUGGAGGAGAAUGUAUGUGCAAUGUCCCUGAGGGUGGACUGGUCCCCAAGUCACUUUAUCAAACAGAUGAAGAACCGGAGAACUCUGAUCACAUCCGACUCUGGACAGAAACCAUCUACCACUCUGCAAAUGUUCUUAAAGGGGCUCCCCACGAGAUCGUUGUGGAAAUCCUGGAGGGCGAGUCUGUGAUCACGUGGGACUUUGACAUCCUGAAGGGAGAUGUGGUGUUCUGCCUCUUUCACUCCAAGAGAGCGCCCGAGACCAGUCGCAAAGAGGCCACUUCAUCAAGUGCUUUGACUGCUGGGGACAACAUGCAGCUAAUCGAUAAGAGCUGGGUUCUGGGGGUGGAUUAUAGCCGCAUGGAGUCUCCGCUGGUGUGCCGGGAAGGAGAGAGCAUCCAGGGAUCUCAUGUGACUCGUUGGCCUGGCUUUUAUGUUCUGCAGUGGAAAAUGCACAGCUCUUUGCCAUGCUCUGGCACCAGCCUCCCUCGAGUAGAUGACGUCCUGGUCUCUUUGCAAGUUUCCAGUCACAAGUGUAAACUCAUGUACUACUUUGAGGUGCUUGCAUCCAAGGAUUUCAGGGGGUCCAUGUCAAGCCUGGAAUCCUGCAAUAGUGGCUUUUCCCAGCUCAGUGCAGCCACGACAUCUUCCAACCAAUCCCAGAGCAGCUCCCUCAUUUCUAGAUAGCGUGGCGUAGGCCUCUAUUGACCUCUGAAAUGUUACAUCCGCGCUUGGAGGCCUCCCUCCAGGGCAGCUCUGUGGACCAACUCAAAGAGGCUGCAGUGUGGCUCAGCGUCAAGGCUUUGGGGACAGUCAUUCAUAAGACCACGAGUAGCAGCAGUCUGGGGAACUCUUUGGAAUCUAUUUUCAGUAAGAGACGUGUGACUUUUCAAUCUGCAAACUGGAUUCCGUUGAAAGGCCUACUUACCAGUUGUGUUUUAACAGACCUGUGUUUUAGGGUUAAUAUCACUUUGCAUGAAUCUGUGUAUUACUAAGGUUAAAGGGCUCUUUCCAAUCAGUCCUAUUUCUACAUACGAUAGAGAAGACUGAUGUGGCCUUAUUUGUAAUGACCCGUAGAACUAGAUGUAUUCACAUAUAGCAAAAUUAGUCUAGUUUUUCUGGGCGCCUGCAAUACCAAUGACACUCAAAAUACAGUGGGUGUUUCAGCCGCAGGGACUUGAAGCAAAUUGUAAAUAAAUACCUGAAGACAAGACAAUACGUUUUGAGGGGGGUGGGGGGAAAGAGGAGAAACUUCCAAGGUGACCCAAACCUGAAACCUCUCCCAAUCCGAUUGGAUGUUGCUUGGAAAUGCUUCCAAUUUUUUAGUUAAAAAAAACCCAGUAUUUCCUACAGUGCGUAGGCAGAAAGCCUACCUCCAGCAAGCAAGUCCUUUCUUAAAGACACCCACUUGUCUUUAUUUCCUCCUCAGGUUUAUGAGCAAUAAAUGAGUGUCUCUCUGACCCACCCCAUCAGACUGGGUGGGAAUCAAAUCACAUUAUAAAGGGCUAAGAAAAGCAAUAUGUUCUUUCCUUAAAGGCACAAGUUUUAUGGCAGCAUUAUAGGAGCUGCUCCUUUAAAAACGGGCUAACUUGGAGAGGAGAGAACUCUUUUUCUAAAGUACGUGUGCAUGUGUAUUUAAACACUUAAUGAAACAUAUUUAUUCAAAUUGUAUCAUAGCUUAUUUUAAAUUAUUGCUUAAUUUAUUUAUAAUUUCAGUGAUAACUAUUUAUUGAACCAGAUCACCUUUUUUUAACCCGCUGCCCUUUUUUGUUUUAAAAGGGAACGGCAGAUCUUCUUGAAUCCCACAGACCUUUAGAUUUCAUUUCUAUUCUCUGUGGCAGCUGGACAUCUUAGCGUUCAGGGCUGUAGCACUCAGGGCAGUGUGUCAUCUCUUCUCCCAAAGCUCAUGGGCGUGGCACCACUGACUUAAAUGUUACUCGCGUGAGUAAGGUUUUGCAAGAGCAGGGACCGAAUUUGUGGAUGUUAUUGGCAGGGAGGGAGCAUUAAGAGCUGUUGAAGAUAUGUUCUUGUACAAUCUCUGCUGAUUACGUCAGUGACAGACGUAUUGCAAAAGGAGUAAGAACUAGGAAGGUAGAAAAACAGGUGGUCGAUACCGAGCUGCUUCUGGGCAGUAUUUGUAACUAACAGACAUGCAAGAAGUAUUCCUCAAUAAGAGUUUAUCUUCUCUGCCCCACCCAUCCUUAACCGUUCUCACUACCUUCAUUUGCUUGUUUCUAAGCACAGGGCAUUGCCAGAAUGGGGGGAAAAACUGAUAACUGGAGCAAUGUACAUAAGGAAGUUAGUGUAUAAAUACGUAGGCUGGAUUUUCAAAGGAACCUAGGGAGUUAGGCAUCUAGUUCACAUUGACUUUUAGUGGCAGUUUCAGAAGAUAACAAAUUGAGGCCCCCUUGAACAUCCUAGCUGUCACUCAUAGCAUGGAAAAGGAAAGCUCCAGUGACCGUGCGAACACCUGCAUGGUAAAACCCUUACUAAAUAAGAAAGAACAUCAGGGACUCUUCCAAGCAUUUGCCAGUGCUUAGUUAUCUCCAUCAAGUGAAUGAGGGUUUUGCCUUUCUCAGGUAGGGGCUGCCAUUUUAAUGAUACCUCUCAACCAAGUCCCAGUUUAAUGCAAAGAGAGAAUGGAAAAUGGGCUUCACCAUGAGAGAGCCCUGGAAAUCAAAGUUGGUGAGAGCGAGUGUAUGUGUACCCACAUACACAAAGUUGCUUUAAUCACAACUGACUCACUUUCUAAAAACAAUUACUCAAUUUACUGUAUAACUUUUAAAUGGUUUUGAUUUCCAGCCCUUUCCAACAGCAAAGCCCAAGUCCUAUUCUGUGCCAUAUUUCAAGAUGGCUGCUUGUUUCUUGGUUUGACAGUUACGUUUUUUCAUAUUUACUCUGUCCCUGUAAGAAUAGUUCUUUCAGCCAGUAAAAAGUACUGAAGGUGGAAUUCUCAGCUUAGAAUUUAUUGCGUGCCUGCACAUUCUGAACUGAGAUGGGGAACAAGAGCCUUAAGUGGAAGGGGUAAAGGCCAGGGGAUGGCUCACUCCUGCUGUCUUUCUAGGGCUUCUUACAAUGGCCAGUGUUCUUUCCCAUGAUCCUGAAACAUCAAUCUCCCGUGCACCGAGUACCAUGUGUGAGGUUGCACUGUAAUUCCAGACGUGUAAAAAAACAAAUAGGACGAAGUAAAACUCCUCUGAAACUUGACUCUUUUUUUCUAAGCUACAUUAGCUCAUAAGGCCUAAUGCUCACUUCUUCAGAGCAUGCUCUAGUGCCUGGAGCGCAAGGUGAUUGAUGUCCCGGGUUCCGUUCACAGUUCCCCAUUGAUUCCUUGUGAUCCAGAGCAAAUUCUUUAGGCUAGAACAGGGACACUCAGACUGAGCUCCCGAGCCGCAAGUGGCUCUUUAACAUGUCUCCUGUGGCUCUUUGCAGCACAUGAUAUUAAAAUACCAUGUGAUUUUAAUUAUGAACCAAUCAGGAUGCUUUUACUAUGCUGUUAACCAAUUGUAGUUGAUAAAAUAAUAGUACUUGGGUCAGUCAUUUUGGGGUGUGUGUAUAUAAAUACAUUAAAAUUUCCCCUGCCAGACUGUUUAAAGAGGAAUAUAUAGCACUACAGUAAAUGAAACAAUGAAUUCACACUCUGGCGGCUCUCUUGGGUAAUGUUGAUCAUUUAAUUUGGCUCCUGGAUCACGGGGCUAGGACUUUCAAAAGUCCAGUAAUAGACCCAUGUAAUUUUUAGAAGUGCUGAGCACUUGUCACUUCAGUUGAAGUUAAUGGAGCUCUGGCUGUGCCACACUUCUGGAAAAUCAGGCCCAGCUGUCUAAUUGGGCACCCAGAAUGAAAUCACUUCUGUAAAUUUGGGCUUUAAUCUCUUUGUUUCAGUUACUCCAUCUGUAAAAUGCACAUAAUACCUACCUCACAGGCUCAUUGCAAGGUUGACAUUUGUAAAGGCUUCUGAGAUCUUGAGAGGAAAGGCAAAGUGUUACAUGACCAUCUCUACAGUUUAAAAAUCACAUGGCCAUAUUUACAUCUUGACUCGUGUGUGUCUGCAAAUAGACACAGUCUGGUACACAGCAAAUUGGGGUAUAAAACAGAUGUAGAAAAGGUGAUUUGCAUUGAACUCUGGAUGCCAGGCUACAUUUCUAGUGUCAUGCAGGGGCAAAAGCCAGAAUGUUCCAGUUGAGUUCAGGGCUUGUGGUUAAAGAUUUAAAUGGUGUUUAUUUUAAAGGAGCUUUUUUUUAUUGUCCUGCAUGGACCACAACCUUAGUUUUGCAGAAGGGCUGAGAGAGACUUGAGUCCAAGUGGUCUUGAUCUGACUGAAGCAGCAUUGCUAGAUUUUUUUUUUUUUUCUUCCCAGCAGCCCGUCCACUGAGAGAACCAAAAUGAGUUUUCUGGAGCAUAAAAAUCAUACUAAUAAAGCACUACUGUAUUUUUUCUCUGUUAGGGAUAGACUGUAAAUUCCCUUUGAUAUGGAUCCUUUCUCUAUAUUGUUUUCCUAUUGUGGAAAAUGUGUGGAAACAAUCUUCAGUUGGAUGACUUAUCUAGUGAAAUGCUGAGCUAUGGUGAUGAUUCAGUGUUAGAGGAUUAGGAUACUAUUUCAGACAUUGUUUGAAUAGUCUUUGUUUUGCAUUUACAAUCCCAGAGCCCAGGGUUGGACUUCAGUGGCACGUUGCUGCUUAAAAGGUGGCAGUUGCGCUCCCCUUGCCUACAGUCUUGCAAACAAGUAAGACUCUGAUGCCCUACUCCAAAGGUCAUUUUAAAUGGUCAAUUUAAAAACUAGUGGGUGGGAAAAGGGCCAGAAUCUGCAGGUCCUACCUACUGAACUUGGGUGCUAAGCUGUCAUGCGUUUAACGUAGCUGCCAAGGCCAGUUGUAUCAGCAAAGCCAGUGACCUUCUUUUGAAAUGCAUUUCACUUCCUCACCCUCCUCAUGCUAAUGGUCGUGCAAUUAUACUGUGGUGAGACUCUUCUUUACAGGUUAAGGCUGAAAGCCUAUUUGAAGGGCAUUUGUCAGUGCCUCCUGCCUGGUGUUGGUUUUCUAUGCUCCCAGCACCGACUUGAGAAAAUUCUUCUAACUAGCCAUAAAGGAUGUUCAUUGUCAGCAUUGACCAGGAAUCAAUUUUAAUGGCACUGUAACACUUCCACUCUAUCUCUGUAUAAAGACUAAAUAAAUGGGCAUUAUUUUUUUUAGGGAAAUGUACUAUUUUCCCCACUCAACCUGCUCCUGUCGUAACUUUUAUACAAGGGUCUUGAUUCUUGUCAGCAAAAAAAAAAAAAAAAUCUUGUUCUGAGAAUUCAGAGCAUGCUACUGGAAUACACAGGGUGCUUUGUGACAUGUUACUGAGCAACAAAUGUGAAGCUACAGAUGCUGUACUUAUGGCAGUUGGAAGUUGAAGUUACCAGCUGUAAUUUUCUGCUCUCCAUAUUUCUGUAACUUAAAAAUAAAACGAAUAAACCAA